UCUAUCUCAUUGUCGGUCGGAUACGUUGACUCUGACUUUCGUGUCCGCGGUCACGGCCGCGAAUUUCUUUACGAAUGCAAGUCAUGAGCACUAUGAAUCCGUUGCUGAAGAUCGGCCUCCGACUCCUCGGUAUAUGGCCUAAUGUGCGGUACGCCUCCGUUUAUCGGCUAAUUUACAUGUUGAGCAUUCUAAUCCUGCAAUAUUGUCAAUAUCUGUACAUAUACUCGCACUUUAAGCUGAGCGAGCUGCCGAAUCUCGUAGAUAGCCUGCCCGCGGCUUUGGACUACACUCUGGCGGUGUUUAAAUUGCUGACGCUUUGGACGCAUCGUCGGUAAGACAUCUCGCAGCGAUGUAGUCGUAGAACAUUGCCUCUUUAUCUCUCUGAGAGAUGAGAUUGAGCCAUAGUGCUGUUUUAAGGGUUUCUCAUGUUUUAUACACAAUCCUAAAUAUUUCCUAAACAACAGUGUUACUUUGAGUCUCGUUUCAACACAUCCGUAUGCAAUUUCGCGCAUAAGAAACGAACGUCUUCGUUCCCUUUCUCUCGUUACAAUACCUGAAAGAUU